AUGACUAUGACAUCGGCUUCUGACACGUCUACUUCACAGAUAGCUAAAGCAACGACAGCGAGGCCCUCCUCUCGUUGCGCUUCCUUGCCGUCGCAAAGUCCGAGUUCGACUGGGGGCGCAGUCGUGCCCGCGCCCACUGCUAUUCAUUGCCCUGCAGAGGUCAGCCUGUCGUUCAAUGAUGAUGAAGCGCUCCGCGCUUGCACCCGGAUUGCCCGGGCGCUUUUUUCACCCGCCGUCUUCAGACCCCUCCUCCUUGGGGGGCUUGAAUAUAACGCCCCGACGUCCCUUCUAAGAAGCAGUGCUGAAUGCGUGGCCAACCACUAG